UCUGGAGCCGCGCAGCCCCAGUAUCUCAACAAAUCUUGCGGGUGGGCAUCACACGCGGCCCAAGUGGCCUAUAAAUUUAGAGCCGCACCUCCAAAAUUAUCGGAACGCAUAUAGCCUCAAAUCCUGUCGAUCGCUUAUGUCGUGAAACCAAUACCAAAAUUAAAACUUUCAGAAACUUUGAAGAUGGGAAGUGAAGCUGAAAUUCCGAAGAAACCAAGAUUUUUAUGUCUCCAUGGAUUUAGAACAAGUGGAAAGAUUUUCAAAAUACAGUCAGAGAAAUGGCCUCAACAAGUACUGGAGAAGUUGGAUCUUGUUUUCCCAGAUGCGCCUUUUCCCUCACAAGGAAAAUCUGAAGUUGAAGGCAUCUUUGAUCCUCCUUAUUAUGAGUGGUUCCAAUUCAACAAGGAAUUUACCGAGUACAUCAACUUUGACGAUUGCCUUGCUUACAUCGAGGAUUUCAUGAUCAAACAUGGACCGUUCGAUGGUCUUAUGGGAUUUUCACAGGGGGCGAUACUGUCGGCCGGGCUAAUUGGAUUACAGGCGAAGGGCGUAGCCCUUACGAAAGUUCCAAAAAUAAAGUUUCUUAUUAUUAUUGGUGGGGCAAAGUUUAAAUCACAAUCAGUGGCUGAGAUUGCAUAUGCUUCUCCGAUUCAAUGCCCCAACCUCCAUUUUUUAGGAGAGCAAGACUUUCUGAAGCCUUAUGGAUUGCAACUCUUGGAAUCCUGUGUGGACCCUGUUAUAAUUAAUCAUCCCAAGGGUCACACAAUACCCAGACUUGAUGAAAAGGGUUUGCAGACGAUGUUAAGCUUCAUCGAGAGGAUUCAGAAGAUGUUGCCCGAUAAAGAAGAAAAGUAACUACAUAUUCUUAGAUGAGGUUGCUUGACUAGCUCGAUAAAAGAAUAUGAUUUG